AUGAGAUUAAAUCCUAACGUUCAGAAACCAGAGAUGCACAAGAACACACCAGAGAUGAACUUCGUCAAGUCUUUAGGAAAAGGUGCGUACGGCUCUGUCGAUCUCUACGGUUACACAAAAGACGACGGCACGAUGUUCUACACAGCCGUGAAGAUCUCUGAUCAUCAGAAUUACGAUUCCGUCGACACAGAAUUUCGAAUUCUCUCGGAACUCAGAGGAUGUCCUGGAAUCGUGCAGUUAUUUGGUAAUUCUCUGCUUCAAGGAAUCGAUUUCAAUGGAACCAAAGUCUACAAGAUGGCAAUGGAGUACGCAGCAGCUGGUACCCUAACCAGUUUCAUCCGUAGAAACAGAAAGUUAUCCGACUCGGUCAUCAGAGACUUCACUCGUGCGAUUCUACAAGGACUGGUCUCGAUUCAUAGUCACGGUUAUGUCCAUUGCGAUCUUAAACCGGACAAUCUUCUUUUGUUUCCGCGUUACGACGAAGGAACGUGGUAUUGUUCGUACGAGUUAAAGAUUUCGGAUUUUGGAUUGUCGAUAAAGGCAGGAGACAAAUCUGACUGUUGGGAAACGGAUUCUCCGUUUGUGGGAACGCAUGCUUACAUGUCACCGGAGUCUGUCCGCGACGGUGGCACGGUCGAUAAAACCCUAGAUUUGUGGUCGCUAGGUUGCAUACAUCCAUGGUCAGGGGUCAGUGUUGAUGAUUUGAAGCUUCGUCUAUUGGAUGAAAACGCACCAGAGAUUCCAGAGACUGUGCCGUGCGGUGCAAGACAGUUUAUGGAGAAGUGUUUCGCAAGGAAGCCUGAGGAGAGAGGAAGCGCUUCAGAGUUGUUGCUGCAUCCUUUUUUGAUAGGAGACCAGAGGAUCGUUGAUGCCGGCGCCGGCGGAGAGAGGAGGCGAGUGGGGUCGAGGAUUAGAAAAUCUCCGCCGAAGUUGGAUGGUAUCACGAAGGCACCAUUAAAACUGAAGAUUAUUUCAUCGAAGGCGUCACAGAUUAAGAGAAUGUCGAAUAAACCCCUAAAGUUGAGGAUUCUUCCUCCGAGAUCCGCAUAA